UAUAAAUUAUAAAUUAAUGGAAGUUGUUGAUUUUCAAUUUAAAUCUAACUUCACCCCCUCAAAAAUAAAAUAAAAUAAAAAAAACAGAGAAAGGAAUUGCAUCGGAGUUCAUGCAGGUGAUAUUUUCAGCUCUCUAAAUGCUAUGUAUUAAUUUAUACGUGUCCACAUGAGCGAGUACAAAAAUGCUAAUGUUCCGGUCUCAGUUCGCCACGGCGGGAAACAGAUUAUUUCGGAGGAAAAACCUCCCUCCAAAAUCUGAUGUCCUUUUCCCAUUGAAAACCCUAAAUUAUUCACAUUGUUAACAAAAUCCUAAAACCCCCAAAAUCUCUCCAACACAUUGAGGGAUAGAGAGAGCUCUUUCUCUUUCUUUCCCAUCUCUCUCUCUAAAUAUAUAAUCUAUACCUCUAUCUAUAUAUAUAGAAACUUCCCCUAAUUCUCAAAUCCAUGGCAUUUAUUUCCAAUGACUUCACUCACAAUAACAAUAAAGACGAACACAAACACCGACAACUACAGAACGGGCACGAAGAGGACGUCGAGAAGGGCACUCCGUUGCGGUACGUCCCGCUCUGCGACGUGUACUCGGCCACAUCUCCAUGCGUCAGCGCCAGUGGAGCCUCCAACGUCAUGUCCAAGAAGGUCAAAGCCCGAAAGCUCCUCGUUGUCGACCAUUUCGACGGUCCUGAUGACGAUGACGGUGAUCUCAAGGCACCGCCGCCGUGCUCAUCGUCUCAAAAGAAACCACCCCUCCUUCACUUUUACUCUCGCCGUCGCAAGAAGCCUCGGCAUUCUCUCCAAAACCCCUCGUUUUUUGAUUCCUCUGUGUCGACUCAAGUUGUAGUGAAGUCGGAAAGCAUUGAGAUGGAAGAAAGUGAAGAUGAGGUCAGGAGAUUAAUGAAAAAGAAGAGGACGUUUGGGAGCUCUGAGUUGAUCAAAUUGGGUGUUGAUUCAAGCGUGUUGCAACAGAGUGACACGCCUCGGUUGAGAAAAACCCUAAACCGUGACCAUAAUGCAAACAGUAAUAUUAGGCGACGAAGAAAGGGUAAUCUUUCAGAGAAUUGUCAAAACACUGAUAACUCCCAAAUGGUCAAUUCCAGGUCACUCAAGAGAUGGACUCGAUUGAGUUUAGAUGGCAUUGAUCCCAAGAUUUUCAUUGGAUUGCAAUGCAAGGUUUACUGGCCCUUGGAUGCUGUUUGGUAUUCUGGCCGUAUUGUUGGGUAUAAUCCGUUGACCGACCGGCACCAUGUUAAAUAUGAGGAUGGUGAUGAGGAAAAUUUGAUGUUAUCAAAUGAGGAAAUCACAUUUUACAUUUCUUGUGAGGAGAUGCAACAUCUGAAUCUGAUUUGCAAUACUAAAAGUUCAGAUACUGAUGGUCUUGAUUUUAGCGAGAUGGUUGUGUUGGCUGCAAGUUUUGAUGAUUGCCAUGAGCAUGGACAUGGCGAUAUCAUAUGGGCCAAACUCACUGGUCAUGCUAUGUGGCCAGCACUUGUCGUGGACGAAUCUCUCAUCGGUGACUGUAUAAGUUUGAAUAGAAAUUUAGGAGGAAAAUCGGUUACAGUGCAAUUUUUUGGUACACAUGAUUUUGCAAGGGUUAAUACAAAACAGGUUAUCUCAUUUCUUAGAGGACUUCUUUCUUCUUUCCACCUAAAGUGCAAGAAACCACAUUUCAUUCGAAGCUUGGAAGAAGCAAAAACGUAUCUUAGCGAACAGAGGCUUCCAAGCAGAAUGUCGAGGCUGCAAAAUGGUAUUGAGGCUGUUGAUAGUGGAAGUGCAAGUGAAGAGAAUGAAGGCAGUGCUGAUUCAGGUGAAGAAUAUGCAGGACAUGACGGGAUACAGAGGAAAUUGGAAGGCUUUAGAACUUGCCCAUUUGAGAUAGGCGAUUUGCAAGUAUUGAGCCUUGGGAAGAUUGUUAAGGACUCAGAUUAUUUCCACGAUGAGAGAUUCAUCUGGCCUGAAGGAUAUACUGCUUUCAGGAAGUUUGCUUCAAUAACAGAUCCAGGUGCAUUUUCCUUGUAUAAGAUGGAAGUGCUGAGAGAUGCUGACUUAAAGAUCCGGCCUCUGUUUAGAGUUACAGUGGAUAACGGAGAACAGUUUGAAGGAUUCACUCCAUCUGCUUGCUGGAAUAAAAUUUACAAAAGGAUAAGGAAGUCAAAAUGCAUUAUUUCUGACAGUUUUAGAGCUGAAGGUGGAAUAGAAAGGAUCUUUGGAUCUGGUCCUGAUAUGUUUGGUUUUUCUGAUCCUGAAGUUUCAAAACUUAUACAGGAAUUAUCAAAUUUCAAGCUUCCUUCAAAAUCCUCUAAGUUAACCUCUGCAAGAUAUCGAGACCUGCCUGUUGGUUACAGACCUGUUCGUGUCAAUUGGAAUGACCUGGAUAGGUGCAGUGUUUGCCACAUGGAUGAGGAGUACGAGAAUAAUCUGUUUCUGCAGUGUGAUAAAUGCAGAAUGAUGGUUCAUGCUAGAUGCUAUGGGGAAUUAGAGCCUGUUGAUGGGGUACUUUGGUUAUGCAACUUAUGUCGUCCAGGGGCUCCUGACUCUCCACCACCCUGCUGCCUUUGUCCAGUUACAGGAGGGGCUAUGAAGCCUACAACAGAUGGGCGCUGGGCUCAUCUUGCUUGUGCGAUAUGGAUACCAGAAACUUGCUUAUCUGAUGUCAAGAAAAUGGAGCCUAUUGAUGGGCUGAGCAGAAUCAAUAAGGACCGUUGGAAGCUUUUAUGUAGCAUUUGCGGUGUUGCUUAUGGGGCUUGCAUCCAGUGUUCAAACAAUACUUGUCGUGUAGCAUAUCACCCCCUUUGUGCACGUGCUGCUGGCUUUUGUGUUGAGCUUGAGGAUGAGGACAGACUACAUCUCAUUUCUUUUGAUGAGGAUGAGGAGGAUCAGUGCAUUCGUCUGCUUUCCUACUGCAAAAAGCAUAGGAAAUCAUCUAAUGAGCAUGCAGCCACUGAUGAACGGAUAGGAUGGAUUACCUGUCAAUAUUCAGACUAUGCACCUCCAUCUAACCCAUCCGGUUGUGCUCGCAGUGAGCCUUAUAAUUAUUUUGGGAGAAGAGGAAGGAAAGAACCUGAAGCUCUUGCUGCUGCUUCCUUGAAGCGCUUAUUUGUAGAGAACAGGCCGUACUUGGUUGGUGGAUACUGCCAACGUGCAUCGUUGGGCAACACAUUAUCUUCUAGUGUACUCUUUGGUUCUAAAUUCUCCUUUUCCCUUCAAAAGCUAAAAGCUUCUCAGCUUGAUGCUCCUAAGAGCAUACUUUCUAUGGGUGAGAAAUACAGACACAUGAGGGAGACCUUUAGAAAGAGACUAGCAUUUGGGAAAUCUGGAAUACAUGGAUUUGGCAUCUUUGCUAAGCACCCACACAGAGCAGGAGACAUGGUGAUUGAAUAUACUGGCGAACUUGUUAGACCCCCAAUAGCUGACCGACGAGAACACUUGAUAUACAAUUCGCUAGUGGGGGCUGGGACUUACAUGUUCCGAAUUGAUGAUGAGCAUGUCAUUGAUGCCACAAGGGCCGGAAGCAUUGCACAUUUGAUUAAUCACUCAUGUGAACCAAAUUGCUAUUCAAGAGUUAUAAGUGUCAAUGGCGAUGAGCAUAUAAUUAUAUUUGCCAAAAGAGAUAUUAAACAAUGGGAAGAACUGACCUAUGAUUACAGAUUUUUUUCAAUUGAUGAACAACUUUCAUGUUAUUGUGGCUUCCCAAGAUGCCGGGGUGUUGUUAAUGACAUAGAGGCAGAGGAACAAGUAGCAAAGCUAUAUGCACCACGCAGUGAAUUGAUUGAAUGGAGAGGAGAAUGAGAUAGAGGUUUUCCAUUGUUGAUAUAGGUCAUUGUGAGAUCCUUUCCUUCGGAGAAAAACUGUUCCUCACAACAAUCUGCUGCUUGUUGCCUGCUGUUUGGUCAUGGCAGAUGUGACUAGCACUCCAGUUCUUAUAAUUUUCUCCGAUUCUUUUCUUAAGGCGCCAAAAGUGGUUCCGCUUCUUUUUCUUAAGCUGAUUCCUCUUCUAAGCGUGAACAUAACAAAUCAAUAAAUGUGUUGUUUUUAACGUUAGCAAGAUUCUCAAUAUAGGAAGGUUCACUUUGUCUUCACAUUGAUGGUUGACAAUGUCAGGAAUGGUUAUGGAAAAAGCUACGAUGGGGGUGCUCUCAACGUGAGUAUGCAUUGAAUCUGUAAAUCACUGUAAAAAGUUGAGAAUGCUAUAAAUGAAAUAACUGCCAUUGUAUCUGCCCAAAAAAAAAAAAAAACUGCUAUUGUAAUUUAUAUAGUGUCAAUUUGGUACAAAUUCCAAUGGCGUAAUUUUUCGUGUUCCUAUAUCAUUUUCCACUUUAAUUGAUAAAUUGCUCAAAUAGAGGAUUAGCUCUUCACGUUUCGUGUUGAUCCUUCAUGUUGACAAUAAUCUAUUUGUGAUCAGCCUUAUUACCAUCCAAAGCUAGUCGUGUCCUACAUUUUGUUCCUUUUGUAGAAUUGUAAAAAUGGCUGGGCCAUUCCGACAAAAUGGAGGCGUGAGUUUGGCCCAGGCCCAUCAUGCUCUCUUGAUUUCUGUCCUGGCUGGAACGUCCUGAUCUGAAAAUUCAAAACAAUGUCAAGGUCCUUUUAUAUCUAUUUUGUUUUUAGAAGUAUUAUCUAAUGUUAGUAUAAUUUUGUCUAAUACGCCUUGGGAUGCAUGCUCAUUUGUUAUGUUUGGUUGGAAGGAACUAGGAAGGAUGGAAGAGAGGGGUAAAAGAAGCUUCCCUUGUUUGGUUGGAAGGAAGGGAAGAGAGGAAGGAAGCAAGGAGGGAAGCAUCCUUCCUAACCUGCCCAAAAUUGGGUGGAAGAGAGGAGGGAUAGACAGGAAAACUAAUCUAUAAAUAUAAAAUACCAUUUUUAGCUUUCAAUUAUCUUCAAAAUUAUAAAAACUCUCAUUCCCUUUCUUCCAAUUAAACAAAAUAAGGAGUCACAUUGUCCAUCCUUCCCAUUAUCCUUUCCAUCCAACCAAACAAAAUGUGAGGGAUACGACAUCCUUUCCCCUUUACUUCCAUCAAUUUUUCCAUCCCUCCUACAUUAGCUUGACUUCCCUUAUAAUUGGGCUGGGAUCAAAAUCACCGUAAAAGAAAGGGAAAAUUCUUUCUUAGUGCUACUCUUACACCUAAAAGACAAUAAAGUCCUAAAAAAAUUUAUUACGACAAACAACUCCUACUUUUGUAAUUUAUUUCCACCAAAGUUCAAAUUUUAUUUUAUUUUCCAAGAUUACCCUUAUUAUUAAAGUACCAAUCGUCUUCAAAGAUGCGAAUUGCAGCGUUUGGCAGGAUUGCAACGUUUGUUGCUUUCAUCGGAGAAUAAUCAAUCCAACAAGCUCCCCUCUUUUUUUGUGUAACUAUCCAACAAGCUCCCCUCCUUUUCACAGUCUUCCCAUUUUUUGUGCAACAAUCCAACAAGCUUCCGUCUUGGCUCUUAUGGUGUUCGAGUCUCUUUCUUCUCUUCCCGGCAACGUCAACUGGAUGAAGAACACCCUCAUUGGUGUAUUGUUGCUAUAUUGUUAUCCUUCACCCUCUCCGAGAACGGCAAUGCCCUGUCCAACUCGGCACCUCUGUCGAUGUUGACCGGAAAAUUCAAAACCACAAAGAAUGGUAAACUAGUGAUCGGUUCUUACCCUAAAACCAGCUUUCUUAUCUGAUGUCUUUGAGGAAUGUUUCACUCCCAAAUGAACAGAAAACGACGGGCUGUGCCCGAAAUUGACCUAACCACUUGGCCCAUAUCUCCUCGAGCACGCGGUGGGUGGCAGGAGAUGAUCGGACCGGCCAAAUUGAGAGGCUAAUGGUGGAAACAAUUGUUGUCCAAAGUCAAUGAAGACAAAAUGGGGUUUGAGUUGGGACAAGAGGGUCUUAAUUUGGGGUUGCAUUUGGUCCAAAGCAAAUCUUGAAGAGUUCAGAGGUCAAGGGUGCCAUGUCAGCGGUCUUGUGGAGGCCGGAUUGAGGGAUGAUUUUGGUGAUGGGAGUGAGGUGGAGGGUGUUCUUGAUCCGGUCUGGUCGACAUUUUUGCUUGAUUCUUGCCGGAUCGUCUCUGUUCGUUGGUCCCUUGUUAUUUUCUACACCUUCCUAUCCUUUACAGUACGUGUAACCUAUACUAGCGAUGCACCCAAACAUUAAUGAAAUUUACUUAACAAAAGCAAACCUUAAUAAUAUGGGUAAUCUUGUGGAAAAAAAUUAAAUUUGAACUUUGAUGGAAAUAAAUUGCAAAAGUAGGACUUAUUUGUCCUGAUAAAUUUUUUUAAGACUUGAUCGUCUUUUAGAUGUAAAAGUAGGACUUGGAAGGAAUUUUCACUACAAUAAAUUAUUGUUUAGUGUACUAUCCAUUCUUUGCCUAAAAAAUAUGUUGUUCUUUUCAAAUGACCUAAUUUUCAUCUUAAUUUACGUCAAAUAAAAUGUUAAAUAUUGUACCUUAUAAUUUUUAAUAAGCCAUUUUGCACUUCUCUUUUUAUAAAACCCUUUUAAGGUACAUUCAUAACUUAAGUUUUGGGCAUCUUUUUAUAUAGGGUAAAAUGUGUAGUAGUUUGUAAUUUAAAUUGAUUGGGGGUGGUGGUUUUUCAGUUUAUUGUGUUGUUACUUGUGAGUAAUGUUGUUUUCCUCUGGCAUCUUAAUGUGCAUUUUUUUUUUUUUGAUAAGUAAAAUUUAUUGAAAAGCGCUCGAAAGGGGAGCGAAACAAGGACAAACACGAGGCAAAAAAACGCCUCAAGCCUUUAAAGAGGCCAAAAAAACAACAAUCUCAUCCAAAGAACGAAAAUCUCUCCUAGAAACCCAACAAAAAAGGGUGGAAAUAAUAUAUAACUUAAGCAUAGAGAUAGGCUUCUCCUGUCCAUCGAAAUAUCUCCGACUUUUCUCAAGCCAAAUGCACCACCAAAUACAAAGAGGCGUAGCUCUCCAAGCGUCCCGAAUGAGAGCCCCCACAGAAAAUCCUCUCCAAGCCUCAAUCUAGAGGAUCGAGGCAUAACCCAUGGAAUUCCAAACAACCGAAGCAUCAAAUCCCAGCAACCCCUAGCCAUGUUGUAAUGAAGCAAAAGGUGAUCAACAGUCUCCUUAUCUCGCUGGCACAAAUAACAUUGAUUAACCACUACCUGAUUUCUCCUCCUCAAAUUAUCCUGGGUUAAAAUCCUACCCAAGACAGAGGUCCAAGCAAAGAAAACCACCUUGAGGGGAGCCUUGGAGCGCCAAAUAGACUUCCAAGGGAAAUAACCUCCAGAGCCAGCUGUAAGACACCUAAAGAAAGACCUCACCUCGAAGCAACCCUGAGGAUUAGGAUUCCAAAGCCAACAAUCAGAAUCCCUGGCUGUAAUUGUCUGGCGGUACAAUAAAUCCCAAAAAUGGGUGACCUCCUCAAUUUCCCAGUCGUGAAAAUGCUUCCUAAACAGAACAUCCCAAGUCAAUCUCCCGUUAUCAAGAUGAUAACAGUCAAUCACCAAGGCCUGCCUAUGGGAAGCAAUCCUGUAGAGCCGUGGGAAAGCGAGCGCAAGAGGAAGUUCCCCACACCAAAUAUCCUCCCAAAAUCUAAUCCUCCUACCAUCCCUGAUCCGAAAACGAACAUGUUUGCAAAAAUCAUCCCACCCCUUUCGAAUUCCAGUCCAAAAAUCAUCUUAAUGUGCAUUUUCUGAGGCCUCUUCAUUUAAGUUCAUGGAAUUUUCAGUUUAUUGUUGAAAAUUUACCUAAUUUGUUUUCUGUGGCUGUACUAGGUAUUAGGUAGUUGGGAAUCUAUGUCAUCUAAUCUGAAAAUUUUAUACUUUGUGCUUUACCAUAAGUUUUGCUUUCAUUUAGUCACACAGUAUCCAGAAGAAGAGAUGCAAUGUGGCCUAUUCAUGUGUCAAAUCGGUGAGCCUCAUGGUGAUGGUGACAUUUAGUUACACUGAGCUUCCUUAACUCGACUCAAUAAUGCAUUUUCUAAAUUAUUUGAGUCGGCUUCAGGAAUCUUAUUUUUUCAUUCCACUCUGAGGCCAUAGUCUAACUCAAAUGACAUCUUACCAUUUCUUUCCUUAUAUUUUUAGGAUUCAUGUUCAUAUUGGUCCUUCCAAAACUCUCAAACUAUUUAACACAACCCUCCUUUUUUUCAGACUUGGGACAAGUUCUGUAAAAAUAAGGCACUUGUAUUGUCAGGUAAUUAAAAAAAAAAAAAAAAAAAAAAAAAAAAAGAAGUAAAAAUAAAGCACUAAACAUGACAUAGGCGGAGUAAUAAUCAAUUCCCCCCUCCGAUGAUGGUGAAUACUGCUCAACGAUUUUUGUAGAUUUUAUUUAUUUAAAAUUUAAAAUGCCAAUUUUACCUUUGAUAUAGCUAUUUUAUUUUAAUUUCUAUUUCAAAAGUAUUAAAAGACAAAAUAAGUAAAUUAUCAAUAGGAAGUUUUUAACGAGGAAGGUCAAUGUAAUUUUUAAAGAAUGGGGAACACGUAAUUCAUCGAUUCCCAGGGAGGUCAGUGUAAUAACCUACUAAUUAAUGAUUUAUCCUUUCUUGCAUCAUUCAUUCAUAUUUUUUACUUUCUGCAAAAUUAAUGGUUGUAUCGAAUUAUAUAACUAAUAACUUAUUUUGGGAAUUCGAUCUAAAUUUCAAGCACACACAUGGUCAAAAAUGAAUGCGGAAAUUUACACUCACCUCCCCUGAGGUAUAGUAAUUAAAUGGGGAUCUCCUGUUGAUUCAAAAAUUAUACCACAUACCCUAUGAAAAAACAUUUUGUUGGACAACCUUUAGAGGGAGCGUGAUUUUGCCUCUUUGGCCUUGGUGGUUAAUAUAGGAUUUUAGUUAAAAAGAGUUAAUAAAGUGAGAAGACUUGGGAAAUCUAGUAUUUUAAAAUUUAAAUUAUUAAACAUAAACAAAUUCUGUCCUUCGACUAUUAAAUGUUAAUGUAGAAGAGGAAUGUAUUACAAAGUACUAAUUUCAGGGUUGGUCAGUAUAAUUUUUGAAACAAGGAAGACACCGUAUAAUUAUACUAUACUUCAUAAUUUACCAAAUAAAUAUUGUAAUUAUACUAUAAUUCAUAAUUUACCAAAUAAAUAUUGUUAAAGGACCUAGUUUCGUACCUAUUUUUUUCUACCUUGGCAAGAAACAUACACUCACACACCCACUUUACCCCUACGGGGAACUUUAAUUCCUGAAGUGUCUUCGUUUUGAUAACUAGGAGGGAACAGAAAUGAGAGGAUAGCAUUAUUUAUGAGAGAAAAUAAAAAAAAUGAGAGGGACACUGCUAACCUCUCCUUGUAUUUGGAUAACUUGUGAGAGAAAAGAAAGGAAAAGAAAAUGAUAACCUUUGACCAUGUUUGGGAGAGAUAGAGGAGAGAAAAAAAGAAAAAAAAGAGGAAUGCUUUGUUUUAUUUUGUUAAUGGUAAGGCAAAAACAGGAAUUCACUUUUUAUUAAAAAAAAAAAAAAAAAAAAAAGGGAACAAAACCGGUGAUUA